GGCCAGGUGAGCUCCAGGCCUCGACUUUUUUUUCCUUUGUUCAUCCCCUCUAGUGUUUCGUUCGUUCUCGCGACCGCUAGCGCUUGAGGCAAUCUCUUCUCUUGCACAAGAAUUCUAGGCAGUGGAUUUAUAUAGUUAGCCGUCUCCACCUGGUGACAGUCAAAUCCCCAAUUCACAGAAGCUUCCCCUGGUGAGGUAAAGAGGAGCACGCCUUUCGACAAUAGCACCGAUUAUCCGAACUGGGUUUUGCUUGAUUGGACACCUACAGUGAUGGCAAACCCACCCCUUAGUCAGGGUGUCGGCUAUGGCAUUGUUAUUGGUCUAGGUUUCGCAUUUGCCUUUGCUAUGAUUUUGACCACCUUUGUCUUGAAGAGGUACAAUUAUGAACUACAAACGUCUGAGAUGUUCAGCACUGCCGGACGUACCGUCAAAUCUGGUCUCGUUGCCUCCGCUGUCGUGUCAUCCUGGACUUGGGCCGCUACUCUCCUGCAAUCAUCUGGUGUUGCGUACUCGUAUGGUGUCUCUGGGCCCUUCUGGUAUGCUUCUGGUGCCACCGUUCAGAUUAUCCUCUUCGCGACGAUCGCUAUUGAGCUGAAGCGAAGAGCCCCAAAUGCCCAUACCUUCCUUGAGGUUAUCAGGGCUCGUUAUGGCGCUGUCACGCAUUGUGUGUUCAUGGUGUUUGGCCUUUUCACCAACAUUCUUGUCACAUCCAUGUUGUUGACUGGUGGCUCUGCUGUUGUUACAUCGCUCACCGGCGUUCCAACUGCUGCCGCUUGUUUCCUUCUCCCCAUCGGUGUCGUUCUCUACACCAUGUUUGGUGGGAUCAAGGCUACUUUCUUGACUGACUAUGCUCAUACCGUGGUCAUUCUUGCCAUUCUCCUCAUGUUCGCUUUCGUCACCUAUGCCACCAACGAAACCCUAGGAAGCCCGUCUAAGGUCUUUGACCUCUUAGUCAAGGCUGCUAAGGCCCAUCCAGUUGAGGGCAAUGCUGGAGGUUCUUACCUCACCAUGCGCUCCAAGGAGGGUGCCAUCUUCUUCGUAAUCAACAUUGUUGGUAACUUCGGAACGGUCUUCUGCGACAAUGGUUACUACAACAAGGCUAUUGCUGCAAGCCCUGUUGAUGCUCUUCCUGGCUAUAUCAUGGGCGGUCUCUCCUGGUUUGCGAUUCCUUGGCUUGCCGCUACCACCAUGGGUCUUGCGGCUCUUGCUCUUGAGGGUAACCCAGUCUUCCCUAGCUACCCCAACCGCAUGGCCCCAGCUGAUGUCUCUGCCGGUCUGGUUCUCCCGACCGCUGCUGUUGCUAUGAUGGGUAAAGGAGGUGCUGUUGCUACUCUUCUCUUGGUCUUCAUGGCUGUCACCUCCGCCAUGUCUGCUGAGCUGAUCGCUGUGUCCUCUAUCUUCACCUACGACUUCUACAAGACCUACAUCAACCCCUCCGCUUCCGGAAAGCAGCUCAUCAACAUGUCCCACGUCAUGGUUGUGGGCUUUGCUGUUGCUAUGGCAGCCUGGUCUACUGGUCUUUACUACAUUGGUAUCUCCAUGGGCUACCUCUACCUCCUCAUGGGUGUCAUCAUCUCCUCUGCCGUGCUCCCAGCUACCCUCACCCUCAUGUGGAGCAAGCAGAAUUGGUGGGCUGCUACCCUCACCCCUCCUCUCGGCUUCGCAUGCUCCCUCAUUGCAUGGCUCGUCACUGCCAAGAAGCAGGGUGGUGCGCUCACCGUCGCCACUACCGGUGCAAACAACCCUAUGCUUGCGGGCAACGUCGUUGCACUCCUUUCUCCUCUCAUCUUCAUCCCCAUCCUAACCUACGCCCUAGGCCCCCAAAACUACGACUGGGUCUCCAUGAAAGCCAUCCGCAAGGGAGACGAUCACGACCUCGUCGCCGCCGCGCAUCUUGACCCGGAACAAAUCCCCGGCGAACGCCGCCACAGCAUCGUCGAAGAGGAAGAAGAACAAGCUAAACUCCUGAAAGCCUCCAAGAUCGCGCGCUGGAUGACAGUCGGCAUGACACUCGCUCUUCUCGUCCUCUGGCCUAUGCCAAUGUACGGCUCCGGCUACGUCUUCAGCAAGAAGUUCUUCACCGGCUGGGUCGUCGUCGGCAUCCUCUGGAUGUUCUGCUCCGCUUUCUGCGUCGGCUUGUAUCCGCUCUGGGAAGGCCGCAAGACAAGCAUCCACACUCUCAAGGCUAUCUUCCUUGACAUUACAGGCCAGAAGAAGCCAUCCAAGGGUCUGGUUACUGAGGCGACUGAGGGUACGGAUACUCCCUCUGAGAAGGUCACUGAGAAGGUUCAUGUUAAAGAGUAA